UGUGUUUCGUUGUGCAAGUUGUGAUUGCAGAACUCCCUCAGUAAGGAAGGAGAAUCUGUUCAACACACACAUACUCUCGUCACUUGUUUUUGUUUCCUUGCUCCCCAGCUGCUCCGACCCUUCCCUCCCCUCUUUUUCUCUUUCUCUUUCUCUUGCUCUCCUCGGCCCAUUCCAGUCCUCUCCUCUCCUCCCUGCGGUUGUGAGUGUGUUUUAGGGUGAGCGAUGUGUUGUUCGGUGGGCUUCGCCAGGUCUCUGGGUCUGGCCCUGCUGCCUCUGGCCCUCUGCUGUAUCGUGGCCAACCUGCUGCUGCUGUUCCCCAUGGGAGAGAUCACCUACAUCCAGCAGGACCGCCUGGCCAGCUACAUCUGGUACUUUGGGGGACUAGGAGGAGGAGGAGCACUGAUGCUGAUUCCAGCUGUGGCCUUCAUCACUCUGGGGAAAUGUAGUUGCUGCUGGAAUGAGGGCCUGAUGAUGUGCGGGUCAGUGUUGGCAGCUGUGGUCGGCAUGGUGGGGUCUGGCUACUGUUUCGUCAUGUCAGGAUUCGCCUUGAUGCAGGGCCCACAGUGCUUCACCUCGUUUGGAUGGUCGUACCCCUUUGCAGACCAGGGGGGCAGGUAUCUCUUACAACCAGAGACUUGGUCACGGUGUCUUCAACCGGUUCACAUCGUAGAGUGGAACGUGACUCUGCUGUGUGUGUUACUGGGCCUUGCUGUGCUGGAGUUCAUCAUCUGUCUCUUGCAGCUGGGAAACGGCCUAGUCAACGCCGUCUGCCGGCCCUGUUGCUACAAGCAGGAGUAUAGCCUUAAUGCUUAGAUCAACACACACACAUGUACAGUAUGUAGACUCACCUGCUGAGACACAAGUGCAUAUGCACACACACGUAAACAAAUCACACACUCAUCAUGUAUGCAUGCAUACAGGACAUUAAUGGACACAUGCAUACGCGGAAGUCUGCACACACAGCCUCAUUGCCCAGCACCAUGUGUAUGUGUGCACUUUGACACACCUACAGUACACACGCAGUUUCAUGGACGCCUGACAGCCACGUUAGUGUAAUCACUAGAUUUUCAAGCUUUUAAUUUGCCCUGUCAAAGUGGCAAAAAUCACUAUGCAAUCAUUGAUGAUGAUUAGUCUUUCUGGUGCAACAAGUCUCAACAUUUCAAAGGCAACAACAGGUUAUUAGUACAUAAUAAUGUAGAUGUCUGUGUGUCCUGAAUUCUUCAUAGAAACAUACAAAAAGGAUGCAUUUGACUUUAUACCCGGUGAAAGGAGGCUGAGCAGAUAUGCACAAAUAAUAAAGACAAAGUACAGCUUCCUUGAUAAUAAUAAUAUGGGAUAGUAGGUUUCAAAAGCAGUGUGUGAAACCUUCAUGUACCAAACUAUAUUCUUAAUGUCAAGGUUGCUGGUACAAAUGAUACUACAAUUCAAAUCAAUGUCCUUAAAGUAGGCUGCUUAAGAUGACAGCCAUGUAUUGUUUGAUAAUGUUGGAAAUUACAUAAACUCUUGUAUCAUUGUUGACGGUGUCCUUGAAAGAAGAGAGGCACAUUUACAUUAUUUAGUCCAUCAGCGUCUUGGCUGACAUGAUUAUCUUGAUGCACCAGGAAGUGUCCUUUCUGUCCACUUUGACUCUUGUGGUUCCAACAUUUAUAUACACUCUGUUGGAUCACGUGAGGAUUACCAGCAGAUUUUUGUGUGUGUUUGUACAUUUGUUUUCAUUUUCAGAGCAUUUUGUUGUAAAUUGUUUUCUUUACAUCUUUCGGACACUAGAUCAGUGUUAAAGGACAUUUUAUAUAUAUUUUAGUGCCAUAUUUUUAUAAUGUAUGUUUGUUUGUGCUGCCUUGAAUAAAAAAAUGACUAUUUCCAUUUUAA